AUGAAUACAUGUAGUUUCACAUUUUUUAGUCUUAGAACCAAUCUACCAUGUCGUGUAACGGGCAUUGAAAGAACAUGGGAUUAUUUGAAAGCUGAAUUUGAUCGAGAAGGUGAUGGAUUAUCAGAAUUAACAGCAAAAUAUUUUGAAACGAUGGGACCUGGACCAUUACUAUUUGCUGUUGUCGAUCAAUCUGUCUAUUAUCAUGAUCAGCAACAAUGGCAUAAAUAUAAAAGUGCUUUUGAUAUUGUUUUUGAUACAAUCAAUAUAUCUGAAUGA